AUGAAACACCUCAUUCUCGCCCUUCCUGUGGCACUAGCAACCGACUUCCUCAUCGUCGGCGGCGGCACAACCGGCCUCCUCAUCGCCAACCGCCUCUCCUCCAAUCCCCAGCACACCAUCACCAUUAUCGACCCCGGCCCAGACACCCGCACCAACCCCAACGUCACCGAUCCAACACGAUGGCUCCGCAACGCCAACUCUGGCAUCGACUGGGCUUACCCGAUCCUCCCACAGGAACACGCCUCCAACCGCACCCUGCAGUACACCGCCGGCCGCAUCCUCGGCGGCACCAGCAUGAUCAACGGUAUGACCUAUCUCCGGGCCGAUGCCGCGGAGAUAGACGCCUGGGAGACGUUAGGCGCGACGGGCUGGAACUGGGAAUCUCUCUGGCCGUAUUACAAGCGCGUGGAACGAUUUCGGCCGCCGCCGGCGUGGCAGGUGGACGUCGGGGCGUCGUAUAGCCCCGCGUAUCAUGGGGAGAGCGGGGAGUUGGAUGUGUGUUUCCCGUUACAGUUGUCGAACGGGAGCUUUGAGGGGUCUGUGAGUGAGAGCUGGAGGGGACUGGGGUACGAGAGAAACGAAGACCCGAAUGGCGGCGACGUGCGUGGGUUCUGUGUCUGGCCGAUGACGAUCGAUUGUGCACGGAAUGUGCGGGCGAGUAGUGCGCAUGCAUUCUAUUAUCCCGUCGAUCACAGACCUAAUCUGCGCGUGCUGCGAGGGACGGUGCUCAGGCUGCUCUGGAGAGAGGAGGAGCAUGUUGCGCAGGGAGUCGAGUAUCUCGACCCCCAGGGCGAGAUGAAGACUCUCACGGGUGCUCAGGAGGUGGUUCUCUCCGCGGGUGCGCUGCGUACUCCUUCCAUCCUCGAAGCAUCCGGUGUCGGUGACUCCCCCCGUCUGACGCAACUCGGUAUCGAGCCCAGAAUCCACCUCCCCGGCGUGGGAGAGAACCUGCAGGAUCAGCCCAACGCCCCGUUGCUGUAUACUGGCACCCUCAACGUAUCCGGAACAGCGCCCUACGCAACAUUUGCAACAGCCUCGCAGCUCUUCGGAAAGGAUUUGCCUUCCAUAGCUGCAUCCACCCUCUCCGCCAUCCCAGCCUGGGCCGAAAAUCUUUCCUCAAACUCCGGCCUAGGCAAACCAGCCCUCACACGCAUCCUCCAGACCCAGCACUCGCUCAUUUUCGAGAGAAACGUCACCGCCGCCGAGAUCCUCACCUCCGCCUCGGGGACAACUUUGCUUUCUGCAUUCUGGCUGCUGCUCCCCUUCUCCAGGGGCAGCGUGCAUCUGGCCUCAGCCAGGCCAGAAGAUGCCGAUAAACCACUCAUCGAUCCGGCCUUCUUUCAGAAUGACUUUGACAUGCAGAUGCAGACUACCAUUGGACGACUGGCGCAGGGUUUCUGGGCCUCAGAGCCGGUGAAACACUUGCAUCCGAAGUCGCUACAGCAGUUAGGGGCGAAUCUGACGGACAAGGAGUGGGGAGCGUUUAUUAAGAAAAUCUUCAACCCGAAUGACCACCCGCUCGGCUCGGCGGCCAUGAUGGCUCGUGAACUGGGGGGAGUCGUGGGCCCCGACCUGAAGGUGUACGGGACGCGGAAUGUGCGAGUCGUUGAUGCCUCGAUCAUCCCGCUGCAGAUCAGUGGCCAUCUCACGGCCACGUUGUAUGCGGUUGCUGAGCGGGCGGCGGAGAUAAUACUUGACAGGGACAGUGACAAGUGA